UUCCACCCAGGGUCUGCAGCGGUGACGUAACUCAGUGCUCGUCCGGACGCUGAAGGGAGUAGUUAUAUAUCAAGAGGACUAUUAAGAGGACAUACUUCUAAAUAGGGGGUUGUAAAAGCUACAAGGCACAAGCUCCACUAUGUCUCACUACGACGAAAGCCAGUCAGAACGCUUGGCCCGGAAAGCACGCGAUGCCCCCUUCAUGGUGGCAGGUUUGGCUGGCUUGGUUGGCCUGGUAGGCUACAGCAUUUAUGGUUUUAAAAACAAGAAAGUCAAGACCUCUGUAUAUCUCAUUCACACCCGUGUUGCCGCUCAGGGCUUUGUUGUCGCGUGCCUCACUGCUGGUGUCUCCUGGAACCUCUUUAAGAACCACAUUUAUCCCAGGCUUUAUCCAGAGGCUGUAGAGGAAAAGAAGAACUAGAUUACUCAGACAUGUGUCCAUUAGUCUUAGAUAGAUCAAGCUCUAUUGAUAUGAUUGAUGUAUACUUUGCCCACAGACACUCAUACAUGUAUUUGUACUUGUUCUUUAUAGUGUGUCUGGUCAUCAUGUACACUUUAAUAUCAAAUUAAUUGCUUUUCCUUUUUUUCUCAUUCUUAUUUGUUCAUAACUUGAAGGAUAUAUUUUAUAUAUACAAUUAUAAAUGAAUUGUAUCAUCAGGUCCUUCAUCUCAUAUAUUUUUUUCAUAUUUAUAUGCAGUAAAGUUUAUAUAUAUGGUGCAGAAAAGUAUAUACUGAUACUUUAGUGCUUUAUGAAGUUAUUCAAUAUUAUGCUUCUAUAGUUUUUUUGAAAAACAGUUUUUCAGAAAGUGUGUAUAGAGAUGGAGUGUUAGCCACAUUCCAUUUAAUUUUUUUUGUUUCCCAUGUUUUGUUUUUCUUUGGAUUCCUCACGGUAAUCAUGUUAAUGAUUUUAAGCAGUUUCAUUAAAGGCUUUAAUUCAGAUCAUAUUAUGUUAUUAUAGCAUAUGGCCUUAUUCAUGUAUGCUUCCUUUUAAAAGCCAGUAGAUGAACAGUAAAAGAUAAAGGAAAAGUAUACAGCACUGUGGAUGCAAAGCAUUUGGAAAGACUGUGAUAGAAAGUAAGAUUUGUUCAUACUAUGCCUGUGGCACUACACUUUUUUAUGACCAAGACAUCAGCUGUUGCAUGUGUGGGUAAUAAGCAUAAACGGGGACUUUUAUUAAUAUUAAUUUAUUUAUUGAUUUAACAGUACUUCUUAUCUCCUUUGUUCCCAUUUUUUUGUUACAAUUUAAAAGGAGGAGUGUAUAUUUAAGCCUAGGUUUCUAGCCUGAUGGUUUGAUCACACAUAGUGGCUGUAGUGAGCUUAUCCUUGUGACGGUCAGAGAAGAGUUGUAGUGGAAAUUGAAAGUUGGUGUGACAUUAAAUUUUAUAGGACAAAAUUCAGUUGUAUACUUAUAUGUGUUGUCAGAUAUGAAUGUGAAAUUAGACAGAUAAGUGAGCUGUGUGACACAAAUAUUAUUUUUAACAAACUGAAUGCAUGUUUGUUUCUCAUAAUGUGGAAGUGAACUUUAACCAAAUGUGAUGUGACUUCUGUUAUUAUUGCUAAUACAGAUGUAAUCUAGAAUUGUGGAAAAUACUACCAUAUGGUGUGUAGUUCUCAAUUUAUAUCUUUUUUUCUUUUCUUUUCUUUUUCUUGUGCAAAAUUGUAUUGGUACAAUUUUAUUAUCAAGUAAAUGUCUCUGAUAUUACAGACAACAAUUAUGUUUUCAGUUCAGGUGAUUUUAUUAAAAAAAAAAAAGUUUAGGAAAGAUUGUCAUUUACCAUAUUUCGGUGUUUUAAUGAUGUAUUGCAUAGUCAAAACAUAUUUGCACACAGCUGUAGAAAUGUGUAUAUAUAUACAUAGAUUAUUCAGUCAUAAGAGAAAAAAUAAAAAGCUUAUUGAUU